AUGAUCUCGACCCUUGGUGAGCUCUUCAACCUCAACCACUUUGAUCAGUCGAGCUGCGCAAACGAUGUUAUUGUGAUUCGCCACAAGGAUGGCUCGCUGCACAGCACUCCCUUCAAUGUGCGCUUUGGGCGGGCGCAGAUGUGGAGCUAUGUCGGCCGCGUCGUCCAGGUGGAGGUGAACGGCGAGCUGACAGCUGCCGUGAUGAAAAUCGGCAAAGGUGGCGAGGCCUACUGGCUGCAGCCGACCUACGGCGUCUUCGGCGACGCUAGCCACGGUGCGACGAUGGCCAAGCAUUCGGAGAAAGCCGAAGGCUGGAUGCCGCCUGCCGCUGCUGCUGCGGCGGAGGUGUCUGGUACGAGCCGUGGUGCCAAGGGUGAUGGCGAGGAGGUGGUCAUGACGGGCUCUUUCGGCAAUGCCGUCGGGGAGGGAGAGGCGCUGGCGAUAGACGCGGUGGAGCUGCAGCACCUUCCCAUCCUCCCGGAGUCACCACCAGAACUGCCGCACUUGUCAAGAUCGGAUCGCGCCGACUCGGAAAGGUGCGAGGGCACAGCCGCUCUUCGAGUUUCAUCACCGUCGAUGGUGCUGUCACCUGGCCUGCAAGACUCCGUCAUCGGCUCCCCGCAGCUCGCUGAGGAGAAUGGCGCCAGGCCGCUUUCAAGCGAUGCGGGCCACAAACGACGGUUCGGCAAGCACAGCCCUGGGCUUCAGGACACCGACUCCAACCUCCCGUUUCUCCACACGGCGGAUGACGGGCAUCUUACCAUCGAGACGCGCGCUAUCCACUCGGCUGGCGACGCUCAAGAGGCUCGGCUUGCCCUUCGAGCCGUGGCGGCAGCAGAGAAGUCGCGAAAGCGGUUGUCGAGGAUGGGCUUUGGCGAUGACCCGUACCUGCUGAAGGCCGCGUGGGAGGAAGGGCACCUGGGCACUGGGGAUGACGACAAAGGUGAGCUCGGCAGCCGCCUUCCCGAGGCACCCGCGGUGGGGAUUGUGGUCGACGCUGCCGAUAGGUCGCCCUGCUUGUACGAGGCGGGUGUGAGGGCUGCUGAUAAUGGCAAAUUCGUGCAAGGAUUGUUCGACACCACGUCAGUGGCUAUAGAUGAUGGGACUGUUGUGCAGACCACCGAACAGCUUGCGGCACAACCCGUCGCGGAGCAAGAAGGUGAGCCAGUGGGCCCAGUCCCCGUGCCGUCAUCGUCGCAGGCGCUUCUCCAGAGGGCCAGUGCAGUGUCGUCAGCCACCUCGGUAACGGGGAGCACAGAUAGCUACAAGGUGGAGGAGGAUGACUACUUCCUCGACCCGAUUGACACGGACACCGACUACGGCGCGCACUACAGAGAGGAGGAAGUGGCGCUGCUGAGCGGCAUGUCCUUCGAAAGCAGCGUCACGAGCGGUGUGUCGCUCCCGGAUAUUUCCAUGACACUUGGCACCACCGCUGGUGACGCUGUCGCCAUGCUUCCCAGGUCACCGAGUCCCAGCGAAUGUGGGCUAUGUUCUGCAGUGGAGGGCAGUUGUGCGAGCGACGCCAGUGCGGCACUUCUCCUGACGCCCCAGACCGUCCCAGCAGCAACCGCCUCCACCAAGCCGCCGCUAUCGCCAGUUUUACCAUCGUCAUCACCACAAGCGGCCGGAGAGAACCAGGGUAGCAGUCGUGCCAAGGAUGCCGGCAAGGCCGCUGCGUUUCACACGAGUAUCACCGACGUGAGCACCGCCAAGGCGGUCAUGGAAGUUGAGGGCCGACCGGUGAAGCAGGUGCCUAGGGUCGGCGGCGCCGGUGGUGGACCGUACUUCACUCGCACCCUUGUUCCGGUCGAGGCGGAUCUGUGGAAGCUGCACCUCAAGGAGGGCUGCAACGCGGUUCGCUAUCUCGCCCGCAAGGACAAGGGCGACAUCGUCUCCAUCUCGUGCAGUAUUUUCCUCUGGAACUGGACGGACCGCCUCGUCGUGAGCGACGUGGACGGCACGAUCACGAAGAGCGACUUGCUCGGCCACUUCUAUGCCAUGUUGGGCAAAGGUGCGGACUGGACGCAUCCCGGCAUCUGCAACCUCUUCUCCAAGAUCGAGCGCAAUGGGUAUCGCAUGGUGUACCUGACGGCUCGCAGUGUGUCGCAGAUUAGUCAAACAAAGUCGUAUCUCUUCACCCUGCAGCAGGAGGGGGUGCGGCUGCCGAUGGGCCCAGUGCUGACAGCCCCGCACCGCUUCUUCACUGCCCUCACUCGAGAGGUGUCGAAGCAGUCGCAUGUCUUCAAGAUCGCGUGCCUGACGAGUGUGUGUGCUGCCUUUCCGUCCAACACAAAGCCCUUCUUCGCUGGCUUUGGCAACCGCUACAACGAUGUGAUCAGCUACGACGCAGCGGGAAUCCCGACGCACAAGAUUUUUAUUAUAGACCCCUCGAGCGUGCUGCACGUCUGCCUGGUGCGGCACACGUACCGCGACCUUGGCCACCUCGUCGACGUUACGUUUCCGCCGGUGAAACGCCACCCCGUUGUGCUGCGCGCCCCACGACAUCUGCAGCGAGCCCAGGGCACAAGGUGGGCCACGUCGCCGUCUAGGGCAGCAGCAGCAGCAGCUGCGGGACGCGACCGACACGCCUACGCGCAUAGUCUGUUACACGGGUCCUCCUCUGCGUCUGUGAUCUCCUCUGCGGCGUCGUCGACGUCGGGCUCCUCGGAUGUCCACGAGACGGCAAGCGGCGGCUCCUCCGAGUCAGGGGCGGAAGGUGCCUCAGCAAUGCCACCGCACCAUUACAGCUACCAUCUGCAGCAUCAGCAUCACGAUGCCCCCCACCACACGUCUGGGCCUGGGGCAGCCGAGGGUGACGACGGUCGGGUGAGUUUCCAUGCAUCCGCAGCGUUCAGCCUGGUGGACUCGGUGAGUGUCGGCAUGCCUGACCCGGGUGCACUUGAUGGCUUCGCUACCAGCUCGGGAGUGCCGCCGGAACUCACCAAGGAUGGUGGCCCCCCGCCCACCGCAGUGGCUCUUGGGUUAGCCUCCGCGCCGCCGUUUCCAACAGCGCCAGCUUCCGUAGCGUCCUGGAGCCGUCUGCCCGCGGCCGAAAAACCAGGUGCUCCCUGGGCAGACUCUGCGUCGCCUGCGGUGAAGACGAGCACUAGCGCUGGCGUCGUGCCCCACGCCAAGUACAACUACGGCCGGCACCCAGUCUUUGCUGGGCUGAACAACGGCGACAGCGGUGCCACGUUCCUGGCGGAGGAGGAGGAGGAGGAGGUGCCAGCCGACCCCGAGUUUUCAUCCUUUGUGUACUGGCGCCUGGAUCCGUGUGACCUCAUCACAGCCCCUGCGACGACGUCGACGUCUUCUGUCGCUGCGCCCCGCGACGACACCAAAGGGGUCUCCGAAAAGGGGAGGCCCACAGUGGCGGUGAAUGACACCGAGUUGCCCAAGAAGGCUGCCGCAGCUUCUACCGAGCAGAACAAGCGCGCCCCAUUAGCUGCAGCAGCACCUACAAGAAGGGGAGGCGCCGCCGGAGACGCGGCGAUUUCAAGUAUGACGUCAACGAGAGGAGUCUCCACUGCGGCGUCCCUGACGGUGGCAGCAGCAGCAGUUGGCGUCAACGGUGCGGCCGACGCAGCAGCACCGCCACUGGGCGUCGGUGACAGCAGCGGCAGCUCGGUUCCUGCGCUCCCAGCGUCGCACUCUGGCAGCAGAUCACCGGUGCCUGAGUCGACAGACUUGGUCAACGAAAGCCAGAUGAGGGCCUUUGCCACAGACGCGGCAGCGGCGACGACGGCGCUGGCUUCACCUGAGACCGGCUUAGAGGCGCAGGCGCGGUUGCUCAACGAGCCCGACGACAAACAAGCCGCUGACACCAGUCUGUACGAUGACUCGACAGGAGUGGCGGAGACGAAGGCGGAUACGGCCUGGCCACCACCUCCGCAGCAAUCACUGCCACUACCGUCCGUGGAGCAGCCUGCCACGGCUUUGCCGCCCGCCACCGGAGGCGGCGGCUCCCGCGGGUUCUUCGCCGCUUUCUCGUUCGGUCGCCCCCGCGUCGUCGAGCUGCCACUUUCAUCGACUUCGCAAAAAAUAGCGCAGCUGCGGGAGGAGGCAAGGCAGCGUGCGCUCUCACACCCCGAUGCGCGUGACUACUACAUGGCGCAGCAGCAGCAGCAACAUCAACAGCAACUCGUGUCGCAGCCGCCGCCGCUCCCUGGCAACGACGCACCAGCGAUGCCAAAAGUAGGUACCUUGGCACCGCUGCACAAGUGA